AAGAAGAAGAAGAAGCAGCUUGUGGAACUGGCUGAUCUUGGACUGACCACAUUUUCCUUUAAGUCCCUUUUUUCGUAUCAUGCGAAUUCUGAAGAAAUCAGGAGUGCUAUUAUUCGUUUUCUCCGCCUGACUGGCGCUUACUCAAGAAUAUAGUGUAACAUCGGCAUCAUAACAGAGGAGGGCAGCAUUGCGCACACCAGCGUAUAGCCUGCCGGAGCCCCAUUAGAAGAAGAAGAAGAAGAAACUAGCAGAAGACAAAAGCGGUUGGGUUUGUAAAAGUCGAUAUCUUCUGUUAAAAGUCGCUGUAUUUUGGGUUUCUAACAACAAACGUAGGCGCUAUCAAAUGUAAAACGUUUCACAAUGUUCCGACAUGUUAAAAAAAAACUAAUAUUUGAUUCAUUUCGAGACCACUGGCUCAAAAAAAAAUAAGAACAAAUCAUUGUGAGAACUAUGGAAGGCAGUCAAGAUGUGCAGGAGAAGUUGGACUCAGUGGAUGCUGAGCUGGAGUUGGUGGAGCUGCAGAUCUCUGAACUUAUGCAGAAGCAGGAGGAGCUGAUGUCCCGUAAGAAUGAGCUGCUGAUGCAGCUGGAGGAGGCCUGCAGCACGGCACAGCCCUCAUCCUCCUCCUCAGCCGGGUCAAAGGGUUUAACAAUGUCCAAGCAGGAGAUGAAGUCCUAUGACCAUUCAGAUUUUCCGUGGUCUAAAGAUGUGGAGCAGCAGCUUCAGGAUUCAUUCCAUCUGUGCAGCUUCAGGCCUCUGCAGCUGAGGUCCAUCAACCUGACUAUGUCAGGCAGGGACGUGUUCCUGGUCAUGCCCACUGGGCGAGGGAAAAGCCUCUGUUUCCAGCUGCCUGCUGUUUGCUCCAAAGGUUUUACUCUGGUUGUGACACCUCUGGUGUCCCUAAUGGAGGACCAGAUCAUGUACCUGAAGUCCAUCCACGUACCUGUGGUCAUGCUGAACGCAUCCAGCAGCAAAGAACAUGCCAAAUCCGUUCUGGCCGGAAUGACAGAUUCAAAGUGUUUUUUCAAGCUGCUGUACGUGACUCCAGAGAAGAUCGCGAAGAGCAAACUGCUGAUGUCGCGCCUGGAAAAAGCGUACAAAGCGGGUCUGCUGAAUCGUAUCGCUGUGGACGAGGUCCACUGCUGCAGCCAGUGGGGACAUGAUUUCAGACCAGAUUACAAGAUGCUGGGAAUCCUGAAGAGGCAGUUUCCUAAAGUCCCUUUGCUUGGACUCACAGCCACGGCAACCAGCAGCGUCCUGAAGGAUUGUGAGAAGAUUCUGUGUGUAUCUCAGCCAAUUACGCUCACCGCCUCCUUCAACCGCACUAAUCUCUACUAUGAGGUUCGUGUUAAGGAUUCCGACGGCGACACAUCAAUCAAUGACAUCGUCUCCCUGAUCAAGAGCAGAUACAAGGACCAGUCAGGAAUCGUGUACGUGUUUUCUCAGAAGGAUGCAGAGUCCGUGUCAUCUGAACUCCAGAAGAGAGACAUCAGAGCUUUUCCAUAUCACGCCAACAUGGAUGCUGAAGACAAGUCCAGGGUCCACAGACAGUGGAAUACCAACAAAAUACAGGUGGUGGUAGCUACAGUAGCAUUUGGCAUGGGCAUUGAUAAGGCUGACGUCAGGUUUGUCAUUCAUCACACCAUCAGCAAGUCUGUGGAGAACUACUACCAGGAGAGCGGACGGGCAGGCCGAGAUGAUCACCCAGCAGACUGCAUCGUCUACUUUGGCUUUGCAGACAUCUUCAGGAUCAGCACCAUGGUGGUGAUGGAGAAUACGGGUCAGAAGAAGCUGCUUCAGAUGGUUGACUAUUGUGUAAAUGUUGAGAGGUGUCGGCGGUCUGUCACGGCUGUUCAUUUUGACGAGGUGUGGGACGAUGAAGGCUGCAACCAGAUGUGUGAUGUUUGUCGUCACGGACAAGACUACACCACUACUGACAUUACCCAGCAUGCCCGGGAGGUGAGGCAGAUUCUGGAGCUGGCAGCAUCCAUGGAUGAGAAAAUGACCCCUCUGAAGUUGGUGGAGGCCUGGAUGGGAAAAGGUCCUGCCAAGCGCAGGAAGAUGAUCCAGACCACCACGCUGUCUCGGCCAGAGGCGGAAGCUGUCAUCGUGCAGCUGUUACUGCAGGGUUACCUGAGAGAAGAUUUUAGCUUCACGCCAUACACAACCUACUUCUACCUGAAGCUGGGACGCAAAGCUCCUCUGCUGAAGAAUGCCACACACAUGCUCAGCAUGAAGAUGAGGACCACACGGGGACCUCUGGUAAAAGGCUCAUCUGCAUCCUCAAAAGACUCAAAGAGAAACCAUCAGAGUGUUGCAGACGGUCCUGUUGCCAAGAAAGUCAAGACAGAUAUCCUAUAAUGAUUUUUUCCACUCAGUGCGAGAGAAAAUCUGAUAAAGUGUUUCUACUG